CAUGGUGCAGGUUUAGAGACUUUGGAGGACCUGAGAGGCACAGGGACUAUCCCAGGAUGAAGAAAUAGUAAGGAAAAGGAGGUCUGCAUUCAUCUCUGUCUCCUCAAAACUAGGUCCCUAGUUAGGUUUCCAGGGACCUGUGGGUAGGGCUAUGUGGUCUCAUUGUGUACAGUUCAAGAGAUGACGUGGGGUCAUAGACCUCAACAGAUCUUAGAACUCUGGUAACCAGGCACCCACAUUGCCCCAUCCAGCUCACUUGAUUGGAGACAGUCAACAGGCAAAGAUGUUUUGUUGUUGUUUCCCAACUUUUGGAGGAUCUGGGCUCAAAAAAUCCCAGAAAGAGAAUCUUUUUGGUAGUUGGCGAUGUUGGCUCAGCCUUAAUUCUUGACGCCUCUGGGCAUCUGGCAGGAGGCAGUGAAAGGUAACACGGGGCAGCCCAGGAGAGGCUAGUGCAGGCCAGGGCACAGCUGUGAUCCCACCUGAUCAGCCCCACACCCCUUGCCCCUCUUUGUGUGUGUGUGUGUGUGCAUGUGUCUGUGAGGAGGAGAGAAGGCAGGACAUAAGGGGCGGGUCAUUCCUGAGCAGGAGCUGGUUGUUAGGUGUCGGAAACCUAACAGCUAGGUCAUGUUCAUACCUCAGGCCAUGCCUGGCAGCAUGAGAAGGUGAGCUCCUCUACUCAUAUUGUUACCGAGCACUAGAGGAUUCAUCUCCUUCCCUCCCUGACCAGAGUUCUUUGCAGGGAUGCCCCUCUGUGCCUGAACUGAGGAACAGAUAUUCUCUUGGCGGUUGGCCCCAGUGGCAGUGUGCAGGCAGCCCCUGAUUUCUUCUGGCCCAGUUCCCAGGCAGUCUUUGCAGAACUCCACUCAGGAGGUUGUUGAGUAACUGCCCAAUGGUUUCAACUCCACCAACUCACUAGACAAGGGGCAGGUACAUGAGGCCACCCACACUUUGCAGUGCUGCUCUGAGAUGAGAGCAGGAGCAGAGGGUCUCCACACUCAGGAGCUUGAGAUGACGGGGUUGGACUAGAACUAGGGAGGGACCAGACUCAGGCUGUCCCUUUUUUAAGCUAAAGGGGAUGUACAUGAAUGUCAUCUUGCCUGGUUAGGAGAUGAGCUGCCGUGACCCUCUUACCCUUGUCCGGUGUGAGCUUCUGGAGGCCACUGAGGCAGAGCCAGAUGCGUCAGCUGCAGAGAUCCAGCCAGCGGCAGAAGAAGAGCAGAGGGCAGUGGUGGAGGUAGAGCUGGCUCCAGCUCCGUUGACACCACCCCCUCUAGCACUGGAGCCAGUGUCCCCUCCACCAGCAGUGUUGGAGGUGGAGCAAGGGCCAACAUGGGCUCCAGCAGGAGUGGGAGCUGCUGAGCUGGAGUCACCUGGACCAUCAUUUCUAGUGAGAAGUCCAUCUCCACCUGUGGCUCUUAAGGAGCAUGAGAAGCUUAAUCUCAUGGCCUUCCCUCCUAAGCUGGUGGUGGAGCAGUUUACCAUGAUGGAUGCGGAGCUCUUCCAGAAGGUGGUGUCCUCUCCAUGCCUGGGCUCCACGUGGGGCAAGAGGAACAAGCCCGGCAAUGAGCACCAGACACCCAACCUCCAGGCCACCGUCGACCACGUCAGAAGGGUGGCCAGCUUCCUCAUCAUCCCCUGCCUCGGGGACCCGAGCAUGACAGCCCAGGACAGGGAGUUCGAGAUCCUGAAGAACUUCUUCUCGUCCUGCACUGUCAACUCUGCUCUACAGAAAACCUUCACAAGCCACCUGAAGAACACACGGGGGAAGUUUCCCGCCAGGACCCUGCUGCUCCUUCUAUCUUCACCACAUCUCCAAGGGGCUGCACCCUGCCUGCCCCAGGGAUGUGCGUGGCAGAGGAUUCCCAUGGUCCAGGUGGAAAAACAGGCUGCUCAUCCUCAGGAGGGGCCCUCCACGUUUGCUCCCCCAGAGAGCAACCCCCAGAGAGUGCAGAAGCAGCAGCAGCAGCAGCAGGGGAAUGGGAUCAACCUUGAGAAGAGGACUGAGGAGCAGCUGUGGCACUCCCUGCAGGGGAGAGGAAGGAGGUGGAAAUCAGAGACCUUCUGGGCAGAACAGUCCUUGGCUCCACCCGCUGUAUCUUACAUUGAAUGGAAGAGUUUGAUACCAGAGAAGUGGGAGACCCAUCCAAUUGGCGACUACAGCUUGUCCUGCCAGCCAGAGCGCUAGACCUACUUGGCUGCAGAGUACGCAAGGCCAAGAAGAACCGGCCAUCAUCAAGGUCAGGGGGAGACUGAGAUCUCAAAAUUAUCAAGAAGCUGAAGCUCCCCAACUCCCGCUUCCUGGCGCCGAAUCCACCAUUCAUCACAGGGACAGACAAACAGAGGACACCUGCAGCUCCCCUAACUCAGCUAAACGCAGGCUGAUGGGAGGACGCCGAACUGCAAAGCCGCAGCUCCCCUCCCCCACCUAAAACCUUGUAAACUGUAAUCGUUAAUUGGCAGCAGUUGCCGUCCACACCCCAAGGCCAAAUUUCUGGUGAUGAGAGAAGAUUGGUUGAUGGAGCCCUAGAUCUCCCGCUGUAGAUAGAGAUGACAGCCGGCUUGGCGCCAGAAGACUGGGAUCUCUCCUCCAACAAAUA